CAUUGUCAUUUCCAUUGAGAAAAAUCUAUAAUAUGUAUCAGGUAGUUCAGUGUAAAAGAUUCUAAUAUUACGUGAUUAUCAAUGAAAAUCAGCAAAAAUGUUCCUUAGACGGAUCUGCUGUUUGGGAGCAACAAUUCAGCGAAAACGUCUGAUUGUGAGCAAUGUGCUUCAACAAAAACAAAGAUCGAUUGCCUGUGUGUUACGAUUUCCGUCACUUGCCCAGCAGCACCCGUUAGGAUCUCGAUCCGAGGAUGGGUUUCAGAUUAGUGAUGAAAGCAUUCAAAAUUAUCUGGAAAACAUACGUCUGGAAUAUUACUCGCUGAAAGUAAUGGAUCAACCGAAUAAGAAAGACGUCAAACGAUUGGCGUUGUUAUCGCACGUAGUUGAAAUGUACGAGCAGCGAAGAAUAAUUGUUGAUAACCUGAAGUCUCUACAGGAGAUGGGAUCUGAAAAGGACGAAGAUAUGCUGCAAUUGAUGAAAGAGGAAACAGAGGCAUAUGCAAAUAUUCUUACAAAGUUGGACAAUGAAAUUAUGGACGGCAUUCUUUCGAUGGAUGAUGAAGAAGAUUUCAACUCGUUGAUUUUGGAAGUAGCUGCAGGUGUGGGAGGACAGGAAGCAAUGCUGUUUGCACGAGAAGUUUUCGACAUGUACUGCGGAUUUGUCGAGCACAAGGGAUGGGAUGUUGAAAUAAUGGAAAUUGAAGAUACCGAAUUGGGCGGUAUAAGGCACGCUUCCAUAUUAAUCACAGGUAGGGAUGCUUAUAGGUAUUUGAAAUUCGAGGCUGGUGUUCAUCGAGUCCAGAGGGUUCCAGCAACAGAGAAGGCUGCUAGGAUACACACCAGUACUGCAACUGUAUCGGUUGUACCACGACCAGAUGAAUUUCACAUUGAUCUGAAAGAGAAAGACUUAAAAAUUGAAACCAAACGUGCCAGUGGUGCUGGUGGUCAACACGUCAAUACAACCGACAGCGCUGUUCGCAUUGUUCACAUCCCAUCCGGAAUAGCAGUAGAAUGUCAAGAAGAUCGCUCUCAAGUGAAAAAUAAAGAAUUAGCUAAACAAAAGCUGUUAGCUAAAUUGACUCAGCAAGAGUUGGAAGCGAAAUUUAAUAGUAGCCAAUCUAUGAAAAAAUCGCAGGUGGGUUCUAGUUUGCGAAACGAAAAAAUACGCACUUACAAUUACAACCAGGAUCGCAUUACCGAUCACCGAGUAGAGGGCGGAACAACGCAUAAUUUGAAAGCAUUCAUGGAAGGAGGAGAUCAGCUUGAUAACAUGAUUGCUAAGCUGCAGGCAGCUCACCGGAAAAGACAAUUGAUGGAAAUUAUUAACAGCACUGUUACUGAGAAUGAUUAGACAAUAUUAAAAAGAAAAACGUGUUCAAUAAUUAUUCAACUUAAAAUGAAACAGUAAAA